AUGGACGCCAUCAAGGCCCGGCCGCCCAAAACCAUCCCCGACUACCUCACUCCAAUGUCCUCUCACCUCCUCACCACAACCCUCACGGAUCUUCUGCACUCCGCGUACCCAUCUUCGCCAACCGUCGCCUCUCCACCUCGCAUCCUUCCGCAGGGCCACCAUCUCGUCUACUUCCCCAUCCAGCUCCCGCCCUCGGCGCUCGUGCCCGACGGCGCCGAUCCCGGCCACUCGCCCGGUGCGCCGUUUACGCGGCGCGUCUGGGCCGGCGGGGAGGUGACCUUCGGGACGAGGGCGGCCGAGAUGCGGCUGGAUGGACGGGCCGUCGUGUGUCGAGAGAAGGUCGAGGAUGUCGGGCUCAGAGGGAAGGAUGACCCUCACCCUCCCUCUCACUCCGUCUCCCUCACGCCCUCGACAACUCACCUUUUCCACUUCUCUGCACUCUCCUUUAAUGCCCACGCAAUUCACUUCGAUCCACUCUACGCCCGCGACGUCGACGGCCACCGAGCUUUGCUCGUCCAUGGGCCCUUGACCCUCGCCCUCAUGCUGCGGGUCCUGGCAGAUCAUCUCGGUGAAGGCGUUUACGUGCGUCGCUUCACCUACCGCAACCAUGCGCCGCUCUAUGUCAACGAGCGCAUGACUGUAUCUCUUCGCCAAGUCUCUGGCAACGGCGACACCACAGGCCGUUGGGAUGUCUGGGUUGAGGGACUUGACGGUGGGUUGGCUGUCAAGGGGACCGCUGAGGUGAUUCCAAUGGAGAAUAAUACGGUAUAG